GACGACGACGACGACGGGGCAUUAAAGUCUCCGACGUCGAACAGUUCGCGUGUACGCGCUCUCCUCCUUAUACGCGCGUAAAUGUACCGCGAUCGUACAUCGUAAGUAUAUGCGAUAAUAAUAGUGAAAAUACGUAAUAUCAAUAUCGUAAGCGACGAAAUUUUUCACUUUACGACUAUAUAUAUACAGUGCGUUACGCGCCGGGCCGGUUUAAAAAUAACUCCGAAUCGUCGUGCCUCACGCCCAUACCAUUACGACGCGUGUAUAAAAUAGAUUAUUAAUAUUCAUAAGAUAUCGACUGACCUGUCGCAGCUGCGGUCGUAAAUCGUACGAUAAUAUGCUCGCGUAUUUAUCUCCGUCAAUUAUAUAACAUACGCGCGUUAUCGUGGUGCAGUUAAUAUUUAUUUGAUUCGCCGAGUCUCGUCUGUUUGGAUCGAUGCUCGUCGUUGGUCGGUAACUGCGUCACAGUGGCGCGCGAAGUCCGUCAGCCCUCGGCGGGCGCGGGAAGCACGCGUAAGUGAUAAGAACGCCGACAGCGGCUACCGGUAUAUACGGGACGGCCCCGGGGGCAUGCCGCCGGUUUCGUAGGGCUCCACCGGCCCAUUAUGCGCACAGUCCGGACGGGUAUCAUCAUCAAGGCGUUGUUUUGGAACAUUUUGUUGGCCGUCAACUUCAGGGUAUUGGCAAGCGCGUUUGGUGCCCAAGUGAUUUGCAACAAGAUAGUCGGACUGACGGCAGGCCAACGGAGGAUUUGCGCCGCUGCACCUGACGCGAUGGCCGCCGUCGGUCACGGCAUACGGAUGGCCAAACAAGAAUGCCAACAACAGUUUAGUACACAUCGGUGGAACUGUACGGGACCGUCAAAAGGCAACCCGUUCGGACAUUUACAAAUCACCGCAAGCCGAGAAGCAGCGUACAUGUACGCUGUGAUCAGUGCCGGCGUGACGUACGCGCUGAUGGACGCGUGCAGCCGGGGCAACAUAUCCAUAUGUGGAUGCGACGCGCACUACCCGAGUGCCUUGGAUGACGGGCCAGCAGCUGCCGCGUGGAAAUGGGGCGGAUGCAGUGUGGACCUGGGCUUCGGCAUGGGGUUUGCCCGUAAGUUCCUGGAUGCCCAAGAAUCGGAUUCUGGUGAUUCUCGAAGUCUGAUGAACUUGCACAACAACAAGGCCGGCAGAAAGAUUGUCAAGAUGUUGUUGAACACCGACUGCAAGUGUCACGGAGUGUCCGGGAGUUGUACGAUGAAGACGUGCUGGCACAGUUUACCACACUUUCGGGAAGUCGGCAAAGCUCUUAUGCGAAAGUACCGGAAGGCACGUAGCGUCCAGGCCGCAGGGGCUACAACCGCUGUCAGCAGUGGUAAUCCACAAAGAGCUUCCGGCAAACGGUCGUCAAGACGACUGAGGCUCAGGCUCAGGUCAGCUAGGUCAGCGGCCACUGGGUCGGCAGACGACGAAGAGCCGAAGAUCACCGAGCUCGUCUACCUGGAACAGUCACCUAACUACUGCGACCGAGACUUUGGCACCGGGUCGCUUGGCACGUACGGCCGUUCCUGUAAUCGGACUUCUGAGGGCACGGACGGCUGUGAUCUGAUGUGCUGCGGACGCGGGUACAACACGCACCAGUUCACCAGGACCAAACAGUGCCGAUGCACGUUCUAUUGGUGCUGUUACGUCAAGUGCGACACGUGCGUGGAACGGACCGAAGAAUACAGUUGUAAAUGACGUGCUCAUAUCAUGUAAAUUAUAUAAUGUAACGUGUAAUUGUUACGUUGUUUAUGUAAACUUAUCGUAUUAUUUUGUAAUGUCUGCGUUAUAUUGUAAUCGUUGCCGUUUAUUUUAUACGAUAUUUUAAUUUAUAUUACCACACACAUAAUAUUAUUAUAAUAAUUUAUAAGUAUAUAUAGUUUUAUAUUUUAUAAAUAAAAUUACCGUUCGAGUUGUGUACAAUAAUAUAACAUGCGCCGUGAUGGUUAUGUGACUGCA